AUGGAACCAUCAAGUGCAAACACGGGCUUCAUCCAACAACAGCCCAUCAUCAAGAACCAGUUUCACGAAGAUGUCAGUCUCCAGAGAAUAGCCAAACUCUAUCUCCCCCCUUCCCUUCUCGAGAAAGUCACCCCCGAGAUCUCCCGCCUAGGCGACGCCGUCCUCUCCCAGCAAAUCUUCGACUGGAUCACCGACGCCGAGCGCAACACUCCUUACCUCCGCGGCUCAGGGCGCGACGCCUUCGGCCGCCCCAAACAGGAACUCAUCGUGACCGAAGGCUGGCGCAAGCUACAAGAGUUCGGCUUCGCCAACGGCGUCGUGGCCAUCAACUACGACAGUACCAGCUCGCCGUCUCCUAACGGCCCCUACUCGCGGCUGAUCCAGUUCAUCCGCUGCCACCUCUGGGAAGCCUCGUGCGCCAACACCAUGUGUCCGGCCGCGAUGCAGGACGGCGCCGCCCGUUUGCUGCAGCGCCACCUGACCACUCCCCCACUGGCGGCGAACCUAUCUGAAACCGAAAGGAGCGUCUUCCAAAACGCCUACGACCACCUCACUUCGCGCGACCCGGCCUACACCUGGACUUCAGGCCAAUGGAUGACGGAACGCACCGGCGGGUCGGACGUGUCCCAGACCGAAACCGUCGCUACUUAUUCCCCUUUUCCCGCUGGGCGGCAGCAACCAGUCCCAUUAGCCUGCAAAGAAGAAAACAUGCCCCUGGGUCCUUGGUCUAUCUCAGGCUUCAAGUGGUUCUCGUCCGCGACCGACAGCCAAAUGACCAUUCUCCUCGCCAAGACGCGUCCAGGCAUGGGCGUCUCAGCCUUCUUCGCUCCCAUGCGACGAUGGAACCCCGAGCUUGUUUCGCCCACAUGCACCGGACCCGGUGCCACAGGUGGAACGGAACUCAACGGCGUGACCAUCUCCCGCCUCAAGAGCAAGUUCGGUACAGUUAGUUUGCCGACGGCCGAACUAGAGCUGAAGGACAUGCGCGGGUGGUUAAUUGGCAAAGAAGGGGAAGGCAUCAAGGAGAUUUCGACGAUUCUGAACAUCACGCGGGCACACACGACCGUUUCGUCAAUGGGAUAUCUAGGGCGCGGCAUAGGUGUCGCCAAAGCGUAUGCGCUCGUCCGCGAAGCUGCUGGCGUUGGAAAGGGCCGUCGAUUACCUCUCUACAAACACCCAUUGCAUAUGCGCACGUUGGCGGACUUGACGGCUGAAUAUCACGGGCUGAUGUUACUUACUUUUUAUACGUUGUAUAUCUUGGGAUUGGACGAACACCUUUCCUCCCCUUCCAUGUCCUCCCCUUCCAUGUCCUCCCCUUCUGUUUCCUCCCCUUCCCUUUCCUCUCCUAUAUCCCCCCCUCCCCCCCUCCACCCCCUAACACCCCCCACCACCGACCCCAACCUUGUCCCCCCCCUCCUCCGCACCCUCUCCUCCCUCCACAAGUCCUUCGUCUGCCACACCACCAUCCCCCUCUCCUUCAGCUGCAUGGAGUCCCUCGGCGGGGUAGGCUACCUCCUCAACUCCGACUCCGAACACCUCAACCUCUCCCGUCUCUUCCGGGACGCCUGCGUCGGCGCCAUCUGGGAAGGCACGACGGACGUCUUGGCUUCCGAUACUCUCCGGGCGCUCAAACAGCCUGCUGUGGAGGCUCUGGGUUGGUUGGUUGAGACGGGAUUGGCGGCUUCGCUGGAAGGAACGGACCAAAAAGAGAAAGAGGAAGGGAAAGAACAAAAAGCAGAGGGAGAGAGGAUUAGAAAGUGCUGGGAUGGGUUGAAGAGGAGGAUAGAAAAGGGAAAGAAAGAAGAGUUGGUGUCGGGGGCGAGAGGGCUGACGCAUAGGUUGGCGGAGGUGGUGAUUGCGGUUUUGUGGGUGGUUGAUGCGAGGGUGAGGCCGGGGAGGGAGGUGGAGAGGAUGAAGAGGAGGUGGAUGGCUAAACAUGGGUUUGGGCCUAGUGGUGGUGGUGAUGGAGAGGAGGAGGACGUGAAGGUGGAGGGAGAUGAUGGACUGGAGUUGGAUUUGGCGAUUGUUUAUGGGGAGGGAGGGCCGAAGGGGGUUGUUGAGGGUGGGAGUGUACCGGGGGUUUCGAAGCUUUAA